UCUGAUCCCAGUGGCCAUACUGCCUUGUCCAGGUCCACCCAUCUUUGAAGCAUGAGUUCCCAUCAGCAAAAGCAGCCCUGCACAGCUCCUCCUCAGCUACAUGAGCAGCAAGUGAAACAGCCUUGCCAGCCACCACCUCAGGAGCCAUGCGUCUCACAAAUCAAGUCACCCUGUGACACCAAGGUUCCUGAGCCCUGUGACACCAAAACUCCUGAGCCCUGCCACCCCAAGGUUCCUGAGCCCUGCCACCCCAAGGCUCCUGAGCCCUGCCACCCCAAGGCUCCUGAGCCCUGCCACCCCAAGGCUCCUGAGCCCUGCCACCCCAAGGCUCCUGAGCCCUGCCACUCCAAGGUUCCUGAGCCCUGCCACCCCAAGGCUCCUGAGCCCUGCCAUCCCAAGGCUCCUGAGCCCUGCCACCCCAAGGUUCCUGAACCCUGUCCCUCAACCGUCGCUCCAAUACUAGCCCAACAGAAGACAAAGCAAAAGUAAUGUUGUCCAAAGCUGUGUGUUGGGGAAAUGACCACCGAUGGAUGCUGUGCCUCAAUUUCCAUUCUGUUUGAAUAUACUUAUAUCACAGCCCCACCUCUCUUUCUAUCUUUAAAUUAAGUACUGGAAAGCUUUAUUUUAACCUAUUAAUGUGGGGCCUCUGGGUCUUGGAAUUGAGCCGAGGACUUGGUAGCUGUGCUAGUUUGUCCACUCAGAAUUCUUUUGAAAAGAGACCAAGUUACAAAUGAUUGGGUUCUGUUAUGUUUCUAUUAAAUUUCCUUCCACUCCU